AUGUGCAAAGAGUUGUAUAUGUAUCACAGGUCAUGCGGUGGCGAUGGUACCAAGCCAUGCAUCUGUGAUAAAUCAUGUCCGUACUACGAACCCUACUUCGCAAGUACCUGCGACUAUGCUUGGCUAAGAGGAGAUGAUCGUACUAUGUGCAAAGAAUGCCCUCGCAGAGCCAUGGAUGACAAACGAAAUAAGAAGGGGGAGAUUGUGCCCGUCGCCACGUGUCACAGUUGUCCCGGACACAAGUUUCACAUGAAAGGCGCUGAUUUACCAAAGGCGGAUCCUAACCAUCGGUCAGCAAUAUCAAUAAGAGCAAUGGAAAUCAAGAACGAUUUUGAACGUUCAAAGUUUCCAGCGAGAUCUCCUCCAGCAAAACCUCCUCUGGUGAGAAGGCCAGAAUUUGCUGAGUACCUUGGGCGAGUCUUGGCAAAAAGGAUGUAG